UUAACAUCCAACCCUCAGCCUCCUCUCAACAUGGUCUACAGCUGCUGCUCUGGAAACUUCUCCUCCCGCUCCCUUAGGAGCUGCCUGCCCUCCUCAGGAUCCUGCCGUGGCUCUUCCUACCCCAGCAACCUGGUCUACACCACUACCAGCUGCUCUCCCAGCACCUGCCAGCUGAGCUCCUCUGUGCGCAGUGGCUGCCAGGAGAGCUGCAUUGAGCCCAUCCGCUGCCAGGAGAGCUGCAUUGAGCCCAUCCGCUGCCAGGAGACCUGCAUUGAGCCCAUCCGCUGUCAGGAGACCUGCAUUGAGCCCAUUAGCUGCCAGAGGUCCUGUGUGGUGCCCAGCCCCUGCCCGAAGCCCUGCUACUACCCCAGCAGCUCCACACCCUGCCAGGGGACAUAUGCUGGCUCUCUGGGCUUUGGGUCCAGAAGCUGCAGUUCCCUGGGCUAUGGCUCUAGAAGCUGCUACCCAGUGGGCUGUGGAUCCAGUGGCUUCAGAUCUCUGAAUUACGGAGUCUUUAGCUUUCCUACCAGAUAUCACAGAUCUGUUGUCUGUACUCCACUUUCAUUCCCUUCUAGGGAUUUCUAUUCUUGUUAUCAGCCACUCUACACAUCUCGCUUCUGUUGAGUAAUCUGUUGAGUCUCCAGUGCCAAUACUGAAUGCAGAUUCUGUAGUAAAAUUGUCUUUUCAUUUUAUCCUCGAGAAAUCUUGAAAUUUUCAUUAUCUGCUACUUUUUCCUUUCUAGCCCUCAUAUUUGAAAUUCUGUCAAACUGUACAACUCAUGAAAAAUUUAACCACAAUGUUGAUAAAAUUGAUAAUUUUUUCACUUCUCCCAAACUUACAAACUCAAGUAAUUUUUUCUCAAUAAACUCUUGUUUCUGUUGCAAA